CCCAAUGGCGCAUCACCACCCCAAUCCCUCGACGAAAAAAACCCCAACAUCACCGCCAACAUAAAAAAAAAAGAAUUUACUUGCCGAAACCAAAUGCCACCGCCAUCCUCGACACGCAUCCCGCCUCUCCUCCAACCCUGCGUCCAACUCCCCACGCACGACUCGAUCCUCCUCGUCACCAGCACGCUCGGCGCCAGCGUCAAUUGGCUCCUCGUCCGCUUCCUGUGCAAUGCGCUCAACAACCCGCACCAACCAUCCUCCUUCACCUCUUCCUCCUCCAACAACAAUGCCGAGAACACUGACGACGACGAGGAAUUCAACGUCGUCCUCGUGAGCUGGAUGCGCGACUACGAGUUCUGGAAAUCAGAAGCUAGGAAAAGCGGCGGGGUAGAUCUGGAUCGGUUGAGGAGGGAUGGGAGGGUUGCGGUUGUCGAUGGGUUGAGUGGGGUGUUUCUUGGUAGCGGGGCGGAGAAGGAGGAUGAUGAUGUGGCGCGGAGGAGCAGUUCUUCUUUUGCGAGUGCGAGGGGAGGUGUACCGUCGUCGCCGAUUUCCUCUGCGCCUGCGCCUGCGCCUGCGCCUGCGCGCGCGGGGAUCGCGAUGGCGCCUGGGAGAGGGCCGAUGACGACGAUGAGGACAAUGGCUGGUGGUGGUGGUGGUACUAUGAUGGCAGCGAAACGAGAUACAGCGGUAUCGUCAUCUACGCCUUCGACUUCGACUUCGACUCCAACACCAGCACCGCAGACACAAACACAGAAACAAGGGUUGUUUAUUUUAUCUUCUCCGGACCUGGCGCACGUCCAAUCUAUCAUCUCCGCUGCUGUUACUUCCCUUAGCACUGCUACCUCCGGUGGCCCUACGAGGAAAACUCUAGUCAUACUAGAUAACCCCGAUCUCCUCCUCGCCACUUCUUCCACCACUACCACCACCAAGAACACAGCGAUAACAACCCCAGCAUCUCUAACAUCGCUCUUCCUAACCCUCCACGCGCUGCCAACCGUCGCGCAUGUCGCGGUCCACUUGCAGGCUGAUACUCCGCUCCUACACACUCCAGCGUCCUUGACUGGGUUACACCAGCAGCAACAGCCGCCGCCGCUUGAGAUUGCGCAGCGGAAUCUGCUUGUCAAGACUGCGUUUAUGAGUUCGAGGGUUUUGGGGGUGAGGGUGUUGGAUACCGGGGUUGCGAGGGAUGUUAGUGGGGUGCUUAGGGUUACUGAGGAAGGAGGGGGUGGGAUUAAGAGGGAGGUUUUGUAUAGGGUUGGGGGGGAUGGAGGGGUUAGGGUUUUUGAGAGGGGUGGAGGUGGGUAGGUGAGUGCGUGCGUGCGGUUGGUUAUUGUUUUCGAGAGGGAAAGGAGAAGGAAGGGGAAGGGGGGUUUGGUAAGGAUAUGGAGGUUCCUUUUUUUUUUUUUGCUUUUUUGGGGGGGAAAUAGAAGGGGAUUACGGUUUUUUCUCCCGGUAUAGAUAAGUAUCACGGUCUUGUUAU